UCUUGCAUGAUGAGUCCAUUCACUGACAGCCACUCAGUUUAAAGCUCUUUUUAUUUUGUUUUGAUUUUUAAGCUGUGAAAGACCCUCAGCCACAAAAUGAACAGAUCACCACUUGUUCCAAACUCCUCCCUCACAGCCAUCAACCACAGUGAGGAGUCCAACAAGUCAGAAUUAGGAGUGUCAGGAAAUUGCGAGCAGGUCCACAUCGCCCCGGAGUUUUUCCUCACACUGGGCUUGUUAAGUCUGUUUGAAAACAUCCUUGUUAUUCUUGCCAUCAUCAAAAACAAGAACCUUCACUCUCCCAUGUACAUGUUCAUCUGCAGUCUGGCUCUGGCAGAUAUGUUAGUAAGUGUUUCCAAUGCAUGGGAGACUAUAGUGAUCCAUCUUCUGGCUAACAAGAGGUUAAUUGUAAAAGAUCAUUUAAUCCGUCAGAUUGAUAACGUGUUCGACUCUCUCAUCUGCAUUUCUGUGGUUGCCUCCAUGUGCAGUCUGUUAGCCAUUGCCGUGGACCGUUACAUCUCCAUUUUUUACGCACUCCGCUACCACAGCAUCAUGACUGUGAAGCGAGCGUGCGCAAUCAUUGGUAGCAUCUGGAGCUUCUGCACUGGCUGUGGGAUUGUCUUCAUUAUUUACUCAGACACAACACCAGUGGUGGUCUGUCUGGUGGCUAUGUUCUUGGCCAUGUUGCUCUUAAUGGCAUCUCUCUAUAGCCACAUGUUCCUGCUGGCUCGAUCCCACGUGAGGCGCAUGGCAACGCUGCCCGGUUCCAAUGCCUCUACCCAGCAGCGGGCCAGCUUGAAAGGAGCCCUCACUCUUACCAUCCUUCUGGGUAUCUUCAUCGUGUGUUGGGUGCCGUUCUUUCUCCACCUCAUCCUUAUGAUCUCCUGUCCAAAGAAUCUGUACUGCAUCUGCUUCAUGUCCCAUUUCAACAUGUACCUGAUUCUCAUCAUGUGCAACUCUGUGAUCGAUCCGCUGAUCUACGCACUGAGAAGCCAGGAGAUGAGGAAGACCUUCAAGGAGAUCAUCUGCUGGUACAACCUGCGCAGUGUCUGUAGCUUCUCCAGUAAAUACUGAAUAGAACCCAUUGGAUUACUUCAUCACUCAAUAAGUUUAAUCAAAAUGCACAGCAUUUAGCACUAAAUUGUUAAUGGUACAGAAUCUUUGACAGCAUUUUAGAACUGGAUUGGGUCUUCUGUAUCUUACUGCUAAGAAAAAUGCCUCAGAACUCAGAGGCCUGUCAGCUAGGACUAGGCAAUACCACUGAUUUUCUUUUCUAUUCAAGAUUAGUAUCCCAAUACCAGUAUGAAUACUUCACUAUUGAUCUGCCUAUGUGUGUUCAGCGUUAUGUCCACUUUGUUCUUUGUGAACUAGAUCUAGGCCAACACCUCAUUAUUCACUUGUAUUGGAUUCUUAAUUGCUCGUAUUCAUUCUUUUAUUCUAAUUUUUAUUUGUAUUGUAUUUAUGUAGUUAGGUUUGAAAUGGCUUUUUUUUGUUACUGUUUGACAUUUGUAUUGAUUAUGCACUUUAAAUUAGUCUUUUUAAUUAGCACCUAGACCACUUUAGCCUGGCUAAUAUCUUGUCUUUCAUAUUAUGAAUCUUUGCAGAUUUGCUAGGUGCUCUGUACUGCUGGACCUUUAAGAGUUUUUGUCUCUUGAUAAGAGAAUCUGCUAAAUAAGUAAUGUAAAAUGUAAGACAAUCAGUCAUACAAGAUAUACAUCUCAUUUAAAUAUAUCCUUUGCCCUUAUUUCUAAUUGACUAAGCUACACUACAUAUUAGAUCAUAUUCAGCUAGUUAGCUUUAAUGUUGACUUGGUGUAGCAAAGGCAGUCCAAAGACAGCUUCCUUUAAUUCAGUAUUAGUAACUAAAUUAGUACUAGUAACCAAAGUAACUAAAUGAUCACAUAUUCCCAGACCCAUGUGAGUGAGUGAGCUAUAGAAAGCUAGCUGGAGGUUAACUCUAUAGCUGAUAAUGAGAAAAAUAUUGUGAGUAGGUAGGCUAUACUGUCUUCUACAUCCUAGUAUGCUCAUGUGACUUAUUUUGUAUUGAGACCACAGGACCAAAGAUCAGCACCUUGCACUGAUUGUGAAAAAUAAUGAAAUAGAAUAGAUAAAAAUAAUAGUUCCACAUUUGUCAUACCACAAAAAAGUAAAAGUGUAAAGUAAAAGCAAUUAAACAACAUGAAUUAUUGCUGAGUGUAUAAGCAUGAAACACUUAACUCCUUAAUUGUUUUGCUGUUUCGUUUUAGGUAGGCUUUCUUCUGAACAUCUCCUAUAUGCAGUGACAUUUUUAAUGUUAACAUUUACAGUAUUAUGUCCCCCACGGAGUUAAAUGAGUUUGCAGUGCACAAAGUGGCUGUUUGUACAAAAAAAAAAUCCCUUGUUUGUAACCUGCUGUGUAAAUACCACAUGACAAAGACACAUGUACAGAGAUGUUCUGCCAUUAUAGCAUUACUUUGUACAAUUACUUUUUAUUUUUAUUUUUUAUCUAUCCAUCCAUCCAUCCAUCUUCUAUACCGCUUAUCCUUCAGGGUCGUGGGGAAGCCUAUCCCAGGGAGCAUCUGGCACAAGGCGGGGUACACCCUGGAUGGGGUGCACAAUCACAUACACAUUCACACACCCAUUCAUACACUACGGACAGUUUGGACAUGCCAAUCAGGCUACCAUGCAUGUCUUUGGACAGGGAGGAAACCAGCAUACCUGGAGAAGAACCUCCCCGCAGCACAGGGAGAACAUGAAACCUCCACACACACAGGGUAGCGGCAGGAAUCGAACCCCCAACCCUGGUGGUGUGAGGUGAACGUGCUAACCAAUAAGCCACCGUGCGCCCUUUAUUUUUUAUUUACUUUAUUAAGUCUGUUUUUUAAGUAUCUGUGUGUUAUUUUGUAAGUUUUCUUUCAUCUAAUAUCUUUGACUUUUGCUUAGUACAUUUCCAAAGAGCUCUACUUUCUACUCAUUAUAUUAUCAAACACUACUCUGUAAUCAUUUAUUUAUAAAGUUAUAAGGUGACUUUUUAGUAUCAAAGAGUUUCAAGGAGUUCAUCUAAAUUACUAACAAGUCUAAAUUUUACAUCACAUGACAGCAAGAAUAGUUCUUAAUACACAUUACUGUAAUCUAUCUGUUGUUACGUAUACUUCAUGUUUAUCCAAACAGUUUGUGUUAUGACUGCUAAUUAUUAACUCAACUAUUUUUUUUUUUUUAGUUCAACUAUUUUUUUUUAUUAAGUCUGAGUUAGAUAACAUUUGGGAGAUGUUAGUUAUUUAGAUGUUGUUAAUUACUGUUGGCGAAUGAACAAUUUUACCAGUAUGUUAUUUUAGGCAGAUGAAGUUUGUCUUUUAUUCUUAUAGACUCUUUCUUGUUUAUUUAUUUUCAUACUUUUAGGAGAUUUAGGAGUUUAUGUUUUCCUACUUUAACUUGAGUGAAGAAUUUGAAGCCAUACUUCAACUUUUACGAGCGUGAAAUAGUAAUUGAAUAAUUGUACAUUUACUUGAGUAAAGGAUAUGGCUACUUUUGCCACCACUGGACAGGACUACAACAAAACUGUGUGCAUUACAUUUAUUUAUUUUUUCAAAGUCACUU